GCUGUAAUCAGAAAAGGACUGUUGUCGUCUUCGCCAUCAUUUCGUAUUACAUGGCUGCUAGCAGAUCGAGGUCGUAGUCUUUUAGGGCGACGACAUCGUAGAAAUGCUGCAACUAUCGCGACACAUUCUAUCGCAACUACUGCUCGUGCUACUCCCACUGCUGCUGCGAAUAGUGGUCGAGGACAGGGUGCUGCUAAGUUGGAUAUGACAACACAGCUCACCAAACUGUUUUCAUUCAUCCUGGCCAAUGUGCAUGAUCCCUCACAAACUGACGAUCCUGGUCCGUUCUCACGUUUUUAG